UUGGCAAACAUAUUGUCUGGGAAGAGAGAGGAAUCAUAUUGGCUGUAAAAGAGAACAGGAGGAAAUCAACAAUUUCUAUUUGGCAUUUGCCUGUUAUCCUGCAAUGCAUAAAGUAUUAGUAGUCUUCCUUAUCUGCACAUGGAAGUAUGCAUUGGGUUUUCAAAUUCAACAUUUACCAUGUUUAACUGAUGGCUCGAAGAAGGAUUUGUAUGAUGCUAGAAAAGAACUGACAAUAGUAGACAGGUACUUUGGAGAGACUGUGGAAACCCUGCAGGAUGAGUUACAGAAAACUCUCAAUAUCAUGAAAAAUCAAUUAGUGGCAAUGCAAACCAACGUUAACAAAAUAUUAAAGAAAGUAGAAACUGACCUUACUAUUAUGAAGAAAGAUGUGGACGAAGGACAGUGGACAAAAUACCAAGACCAUUGUUACCACUUUUCUCAAGACAGUGCACCCUGGUAUAAAGCCGAGCGACUUUGCAGAGAUUUUGGUGGAUAUCUUGUAAAGAUCGACAAUUCAUCUGAGAAUGAAUGGUUACAUUCAAAAAGACAAAAAAAAAGUCACGGAUACUGGAUAGGUCUGACUGACUUAAUUGAGGGAGAAUGGCGAUGGAGUAUAGACCAGUCACUUGCUACCUUUAAAGCUUGGGACAGUUCUGCUGGUUCCAGUGGACAUAGCAGUAAUUGUGUUUCUUUCGCUGGUAGUGUCGCUAAAUGGUUUGACACGAGCUGCAAAUCCGGCUAUUACUAUAUUUGCGAGAGACAUUUUUGUUAUUGAACAGAUUUGAAUUUGAGUCCGAGAAGAGUGAUAUACGUUGC